AUGGCUGCGUUCCUUGAUCGCCGGAGUCAGCAACGAAUUGAGAUGGAUAUUAAAAACAAUACGGCUCUAAUUGAAGCCCUGUUAUUAGAAGAGCUUCCGGACUGCGACGAAGCGUCUGAUGCAGGUGUGUCCGAUGAUGAAGUGGAAAAUGUUCAACUACCCUCGCCAAGAGGUUUCGAUGAAAUUUUUGAAAGAGCUAUAGAAGAUGUUUUGGCCGAAGUUCCGCCGUCGUCGCCGUCAAAUGAAGAUGUAUUGGAGUACCCAAUAAAUCAGGUACCCACAUCUUCAUUACCUGCACCUAGUGUUCAGCCUGAUCUACCAUCUGCAAAUAACUCUUCACACCGAACUAACCAGCGAUUACCCGAACCAAACCGUAAAUGGAAAAAGAGGGACCUAAGUACAUCUUUACCGGAAUACAUUGCGGAUACUGGAGUAGUAGAUGACUGGUUUGCUCACUGUACCACACCGACUGAUAUAUUUUUAGUAUUGAUUGAUGACAUUGUUGACAAUAUUGUAUACCAAAGUAACCUUUAUGCUACUCAGAAAAGCAAAGUAUUGAACCUAAAAAAAGAGGAACUCCUAACAUUUAUAGGGAAAGACGAAGAACUGAACACAAAAUUUACCGGCUAUGGAUUAGGAGAGAAAGUAGUUUUGGAGUUAACGGAACAAGAUUGGAGUAAGGGGAAGGUAGUUUACUUUGAUAAUUUUUUCACGUCUGUGGCUUUACUUGAGAAACUGAAAACUGAAAACACCUACGCAUGUGGAACUAUCCGAAGUAACAGAAAAGGACUGCCCGGAAAUAUGCUCGCUGAUUCUCAAUUGAAAAGGGGCGAUAGUGAUCAUCGAUUUUCAAAUUUAGACAUUGGAUAUUGGAAAUGGAAGGAUAAUAAAAUGGUUCAUUUAGUGUCUAAUUUUCACGGGAACGAAGAGGCAACUGUGUCACGUAAAGAAAAAAAUGGAACCAAGUCAGCCAUUACAUGCCCUAUAGCUGUCAAAGAUUACAAUAUGUAUAUGGGCGGCGUAGAUACAGCUGAUCGUUUGAGAGCCCUUUACUGUAUAGAUCGCAAAUCUCCGAAAUGGUGGCACAGAUUGUUUUGGGGUCUUCUGGACAUCGUAUUUGUCAAUGCAUAUGUCAUUCAUGGACUUAUAAUGGAACAGACUACCGUAAAAGAUUUUAGACGUUCUGUUACUCAAGGCUUGAUGACAAUGAAAGAUGCUAGUCAGAAAAGGAAGACUUCUACUGACAAUACUGCAAAAGGCGGCCCUUCCAAAAGACGCAAAUCUGACUACUCCACUAUAAAAGACGUACGCUUAGGAUUACCUUUGGAAGAUGAUUUAAUUCUAAGCUUACUAGAGGAUGGCAACUGCUCUGACAUAGACCUGGACUAUGAUGAUGAAGAAUUUGUGGCGCCUCUCGAACAACAAGUUAGUGACCAUAAUGAAGUACCUUCCACCCUAAGUCCAUCGCCACUUUCGAAAGAAAGUAGAAAAAGGAAAGCUGCAAGAAAUACACCAAAUGAAGACGAAGCUGGCCCCUCGAGUUUGAAAAAGGGAAAGAAAGCAGUUAAAGUAAAAAUUAAGCAGCGUAAACGAAUCUGGAAGAAAACUACUUUCAUCGAUAAGGAGCACAACUAUCCUGGUCAUCCAGAACCAGUUGAAAAUUUAAAUUCUUGGUUUGAAGGAAUCGAAGAAACAGAACAAAUUAUGACAGAUGAAGAAAUUGUAUAUGAAGCAGUUAAAGAAGGAGAAAGCUUUGGAGAAAUAUUGGAGUCACCAACUGCUACACCUGUAGGAGUUCAACCAGAUGAUGCAUUGAAUUGUUUCAACAACUGCAUAACAUGGGCAGAAGAAAACGAUGUAAAUAAUUUAAAAUUGUUUCAGUGUAUGCACAUCUAUAAAAUGCCUCGAAAAUCAAACGUAAAGAAACCUGGGGUGCGGAGCUAUGGCACCUUAUCAAAUUAUUCGUCAGAGAAGCUAGAAGAAGCAUUACAAUUGAUUAAAUGUGGGGCUUUAACACAAAGGCAAGUAGCCAAACGUUACACAAUUCCAAGAUCUACUCUUAAUAAUAAAUUGAGAAUGAAGCACAGUAAAGCUGUUGGACGACCAAUAUGUCUAACCAUGGAAGAGGAAAUAAUGUUUCGGGAUCAUUUGCUUGCUCUGAGUGAUUUCGGUAUACCAGUGGGAAUUAAUGAUUUUAAAAUGCUUGUUAAGCGUUACUUGACAUCUAUCAAUAAACUUGUACCGGUGUUCACUGAUAAUACUCCAGGUUAUGAGUGGGGAAAGCUAUAUCUAGAGAGACAUCCAGCUCUCAAGGAGAAAAUCGCUCACAAUAUUUCCCGAAAAAGAGCACAAGUUAAUGAAGAUAUGGUCAAUAAGUUUUUUGAUCUGUUAACACUUGAAGCUGAUGGUGUACCUCCAGAAAAUAUCUACAACAUGGACGAAUCCGGCUUUCAUGACGAUCCAGGUAAACAAAAACUCUUAUUCCGCCGUGCUAACCGACAUCCAGAGUUGAUCCGAAAUUCCACAAAAUCAUGUUUUACUGUUGUUUUUUGUGGAAAUGCAGUAGGAGAAUUCGUUCCGCCGUUUUUCAUAUUUAAAGGCAAAAAUUGCUGGUCUGACUGGUUACAAAAUGCUCCUAAGUCUUCUAAAAUGACCGUAUCAAAAUCAGGUUGGAUUGACGCGGAUAUUUUUGAUGAGUGGUUAGAAAAACAUUUCAUUCCAAUAGUGGAUAAAAAACCGGGGAAGAAAAUUCUACUUUGUGAUAAUCUUAGCGCACAUAUAACUGUUAAGGCACUAAAACUUUGUGAGGAACAUAACAUUAAGUUUAUUUGUCUCAUCCCCAACUCCACUCAUCUUUUACAACCCUUGGAUGUAGGGUUCUUUUCCUCUUUAAAAACAGCCUGGAGGACAGUGUUGAGAACGUGGCGGCUAACCCAAAGAGGUAGGAAAGCUAUUAGUUUACCAAAGAAUGUUUUUGCUCAGUUGCUAAAACUUACCUUGGACCAAUGUGAAUCAACUGCAGGAUUAAAUCUGAUUGCCGGUUUCCGCAAAUGUGGAAUACAUCCAGUGUCACGAAGAGAAGUUCUUCCAAUCUUACCUGGGUAUGCAGCUACUGACGUUCAAACAUCUGUUGGUGAGACCUUCAAAGAAUAUUUAAAAGAAGUCAGAGAGUCAGACCUAAAUAUCAAGUCAUGUAGAAAGUUUCAAUUACCUGUUGAAGCAGGAAAGGCAGUCUCGGCAGAAGAAGUUGAAACAUUUUACAAAAAUAAGAUUGAUGAGCAGACCAAGAAGAAAGAAAAACCUGUAAAGAGAGGCAGACCAGUUGGUUCCAAAAAUGUUAACGGGAAAAAGAAAAAAACAAUAGAACAGAAAAAUAAUACAGCUGCAGAUCUAUCAGUCCCAAAAAACAUGAAUAUUGGUGAUAGAAGCCAUUCUGAUGCAGAUAUAAUGAGCAAUGUACCAGAAACUAUUGCAAGUAAUGAUGACAUGGGCAAAGAAAAUUAUUGUAAUACAAUAAAUGUGCUACAUAUUGGACUAGAAGACACACGUGCUGCUAACCCUGAAUCAGACACUAAAGAACGACCUUUUGAUGACCCCACUAAAGAACCAGAAGAAGCAGUGGCACAUUUGGAUGAAGGUACCUUGUUCCCUGGACAAAUAAGAAAAAUAAGUGAAUCUUCUACAUUGUGUGUCAGCUGUCUAACUAAAAACUUGAACGGAGGAUGGAUCUGGCCAGAUAAACCAGACCUAACUACAAUCACUGACCUUUCAAUGAUUAUAAAAGUGCUGAGAGAUAACAAAAUAUCUAAAAGGGGCAAAAUCAUUUAUAUUGAUGAUGACUUCUUGUCUAUGGAGUGGGGAGAAUAG